AUGUCUUUAAACAAACUUGUCGGAGGUGAUUGUGGCGGUAAUAAUUCACUUGUUAAACUAACAAAUAUUGUAGGUAGAGAUGGUUCAAUAACACAAAACUUAUCACAAUCUGAUAGAUUUGUUAAUGAAUUUUUGGCACAAAACUCUCAAGUUCCUCAAACUUUUAAUAUGAACGCCCUUCUUAAUAAUAUGCCGGAAGCGGAGAAAGUGUCAAACAUUACUGCUCAACCAUCUACAAGUCAAAUUUCGAAUGUUCGUCCACAUAUGCCAUCUCCUUGGAUGCAUGCUCCGUCAGCAUCCUUUAUGCCCUCGGCAAUGAGACCUUUUCAAACACCAUUCCAAAUAAUGAGGCAACCACAGUCAUCAAAUGUUCAGAUACAAUAUGUUAAUGAAUCCGAGUUGCAAAAAUCUGAUAGUGAUGUUCAAUCAAAAGCUCAAGAAUAUGUUAACAGUGUUAAAGAAGAUGACGAACUUGCUUAUAAUAAUUUUAUGUCAUUUAUGAAAAGAAUAAGUUCUGGUGAAUUAAACCUUGGAGAAAGUCUGGAUGGGGAACAAAAAAGUAUGAUGAAAGAUAAAAUAGUUGAAGAGAUGGCUGAAAAAUACAAAGACGAAUGGGCUAAGUUGAGUGAUGUCAAUGAAUACUGGAAUUCUGAAGCAGCAAAUGGAAUAGCAAAAGAAUAUACAUUUGCAGAGGGGAACAUGAUGUUGGAAAAUAAAAGUGCCCUAGAACUUGGUAAGGAGAAGUUAAAGAUGGGUGAUAUUCCAGGUGCCGUUCUAUGUUUUGAAGCGGCAGCACAACAGCAACCGGAUUCAGCUGAAGCUUGGUUCUUACUUGGCACAACACAAGCUGAGAAUGAACAAGAUCCUCUAGCAAUAACGGCUCUAAAAAAAUCAUUAGAAAUUGAUCCGAGACAAUUAGAAGCAUAUAUAACUUUAGCGGCUGCAUACACCAAUGAGAACAUGGCUAAACAUGCAUAUUUAACAUUGUUAGAUUGGUUGAAGGCCAGUAGUAAGUAUAGUGACUUGGUUCCUCAAGACAUUGACCCUCACAAAAUGAGUCUUAAAGAAUUGGAGGCAUAUUCAACAUCACUGUACCUGAAAGCAGCACAAUUAAACCCUGUUCAAGUGGAUCCCGAUGUACAAAAUGCAUUGGGCGUAAUUUGUAACAUUAACCAGCAGUAUGAUAAAGCGGUAGAUUGUUUUAAAGCAGCUCUGGCUGUGGCUUCCGAUAAUGCUAAAUUGUGGAAUAGGCUAGGAGCAACUCUUGCUAACAGUGACAGAUCUGAGGAAGCCCUUGAUGCUUAUCAUGCAGCUCUCAACCUAGAACCAGGUUUCAUAAGAGCUAGAUAUAAUGUUGGUAUCACAUGCAUGAAUUUAGGAGCUCAUAAACAAGCAGCCGAGCAUUUCUUAGUUGUUCUAAAUCAGCAAUAUAAAGCUCAAAGUUUGAAUCCAAAUGCUUCAUCUGAUAUAAGCUCUUCAACCAUUUGGACAACAUUAAGAAUGGUUUGUUCCUUUAUGGGUGAGCAUGAUGCUGCAAAAUUAGUUGAUGAAAGAAAUCUUAAUGAACUGAACAAAUUCUUUGAAGUGGAGCCAUGA